AAUAAUAAAUUAAUUUAUAUUUGUAAACUGACCCAAACACGAGAUUAUUUUGUUUCGGUGCGACCCGUCUGUUUCCGUCGAAUUUGAAGUUCCUCCGCCGUAGAAGACCGCCUCUUGUUUCAUUUAGCCCGACAUAUCACUGUCGGAUAUCUCCAUCCUCCGGUGGGAGACGCCUGCUUGUGACAAAGGUUGAUUCCGAUUCCCGAUCUUCCAUCUUCCUAUUUUUGCCUCGUUGGCGAAGCAAUAUCGUCAAUUUCUUGCACGCCACUUUGAAAUAAAAUCCUAGAUCGGAAGAGAAGACUCUUCGUCUUCACUGAUCGACGGUGGGAAUGUCUAGCGGAGCCGAUGAGGACGCCGAAGCUGUCCUCAGCGAUGUCGAAUCCGAUGAACCAGCGCCUGUUGUUUUAAAGGAUCCGCCGCGGGAAGAGGUACCGGACGGAAGGCUCACGGAGCUAAUCGCGGAGCUCGAUCGCGAGAAGAAAGCGAGAGAAGCGGCUGAGAGUUCGAAAUCGGAGCUCCAAGUGUCGUUUAAUCGGCUGAAGGCCCUUGCUCACGAGGCAAUCAGGAAGCGCGACGAGUCCAAGCGAGAGCGCGAAGAAGCCUUGAAGGAGAAGGAGAAUCUAUCGAAGGAGCUGGAGAAUGUAAAUAGAGGUAAGGAUGAAUUGAUUAGGCAGCAGGAUGAGUUGUCGAAGAAACUUGACGAGGCUCUGAGAUCUAGAGAUGGUUUGAAAGCGGAGAUUGAGAAUUCGUCGCACAUGUUGGUUUCUGGGAUCGAGAAGAUAUCAGGUAAAGUAAGCAGCUUUAAGAACUUCUCCAAUGGAGGUCUCCCCAAGUCUCAGAAAUACACCGGCCUGGCUUCUGUAGCCUAUGGUGUUAUUAAGCGUACACAUGAAAUCGUGGAGGAGCUCGUUAGGCAGAUUGAUACGACUGCAAAGUCGAGAAAUGAAGCUAGGGAGCAGAUGGACCAACGGAACUACGAGAUAGCCAUUGAAGUUUCUCAGCUGGAAUCAACAAUCAGUAAUUUGCGGUUAGAGGUUGCAGAGAAGGCUUCAACUGUUGAUGAUUUAGAGAGGGAUGUGAGUGAGAAAGACAAGAGGAUUGCUGAACUUGAGAAAGAUAGUGUAGAGAAGGUAAGUGUGCUAGAAGGUGAAGUUGUGGAGCUGAAACAGUUGGUUGAUGAGUAUGAUGGAAAAUUAAAAACUAUGGAAUCGAAGAUGGUAGCUCAGCGUCCUUUGUUGGUGGAUCAGCUGAAUCUUGUGUCGAGUAUCCAUGACCAGCUUUACGAGGUCGUGAGGUUAGUCGACGUGAAUAGUUCAGAGCAGUCGGAUUUGUCCGAGUCUUUCUUUAUGCCUCAAGAGACAGAUAUGGAGGAGAACAUUCGAGCGUCUUUAGCAGGUAUGGAAUCCAUCUUCGAACUGACCAAAGUGGUUUCUGGGAAAACACGGAGUUUGGUGGAAGAGAAGAGCCAUGAACUGAAGAAUCUGAAUGAAACCGUGGGUCUAUUAGUUAAGGAGAAGGAACAUAUUGGUACUUUACUGAGGAGCGCUUUGUCCAAAAGAAUGAUAGCUGAGCAGCCAUCCCAAAAAAGCGAAUUGUUUCAAGCUGCAGAGAAUGGUUUGAGGGAUGUUGGUUUGCGGGACUCUCUUGGUGAUAAUACUGAUGAUCAUAGUACAGAAGAGAAUGAAAUAUAUUCCCUGGCAAGCACAUUGGAGAAUAUUGUCAAGGCAUCACAGCUCAAGAUUGUUGAACUGCAGCAUUCGUUGGAGGAAUCAAGGGAGGAGACUAGUUCUCUGAGGAAACAAUUAGACUCUCAGACAAAGGAGCUUAACCAGAGAAUGCGCCAAAUAGAAGAACUUAAAGAAAAGGAGAGAAUAGCGAAUGAAAAUGUUGAAGGACUUAUGACUGACAUUGCUGCUGCUGAAGAAGAAAUAGCAAGAUGGAAAGUAGCAGCGGAGCAGGAGGCGGCUGCUGGUGGAGCUGUUGAACAAGACUUCACGUCACAGGUGCGUAAGUCCUUGUGUUGGUCUAAUGCAGGAGCAUUGAUUGUAUUGGGUUUGGGAUUUGAUAUUUGGGCUGAGAGUAAAGAUCUUCUCAUUAGGCAAGGUCUAGUUCCUGGUGAAAUGAAUAAAGGAGUUUCAAUGAUUUUGGAUCCUAGCAAUCUGUAUGUGCUGAGAGAGGAACUUGAAGAGGCGAAGCAAGCGAUUAGAGAAUCAGAGAAGAAACUAAAGUUUAAGGAAGAGACGGCAGCAGCAGCCAUGGGUGCAAGGGAUGCAGCAGAGAGAUCUCUGAGGCUCGCAGACAAUAGGGCAACGAAGUUGCGGGAAAGAAUACAAGAGCUAAACCGGAAGGUUGAAGAACUAGAGACCCAUCGAGAUAUGAAUAGCUCAAACAGAGCUAGGUACGCGUGUUGGCCAUGGCAGCUUCUCGGGAUUGAUUUUGUGGGAGGUCGAAGAGUUGAGUCGGAACAACAGAGUUCUAACGAGAUGGAACUCGCUGAACCUCUGCUAUGAUAAAAGAAGCCGGUACUUUAUACAGUUACUCUCUCUGUAUUUUGUUUUGAUUUUUAUGUAUAUACCAGUUGAUAAAAGCUUUAACAUGUUUUGUUUCAUGUUGUAAUGUUUUACUAAAAGGAGUUUAAAUUGGCUUGGCGAAGAGUAGUGUGUUGUUCCACACACCCACAGUGAUCAAUAAAUAUAAAACUUACCAUUGGUUUUUUUUUUUUUUUUGUUCUAAAAAUCUCA